GGGCCAAGAUGGUCAUGCUUUGAAAACACAUCUUCAAAUAUUUUUUUCUCUUUACUCAUCAUGUUCAUGGGUGUUUGCUUGAUUAGUUCCAGUACCAAAAGGCAGAAAAACUGAUGACACUGGUGUGACUGUCAAGUCCCAUGGGCCUCUUGAUUUGUGGCACAUAACUUAUACAAAACCAUGCCACUUUCACCAAGGAAAAUGUUGAGGCAACUAGUGCAACAACAGAACAAUGCUGAACUUAUCAAUAAUUUGAAAGACAGUACUUUACCUUUGAUGGAAAUGUCUUUAAAGGCUGGAAAUCACUUUGAAAAAAUUGUGAAAGGACUUGAUGAUUUACGACAAAAAUCUUUACUCUGCGAUUAUACUUUGAAAGCAGACGAUGAAAGCUUUGCAGUUCACAAGGUAGUCAUGGUGGCAUGCAGUGAUUAUUUCCAAGCAAUGCUGACCAGUAAUAUGAAAGAAUGCCAUGAGAAUACAGUAGAGUUGAAAGGAAUUUCAGCAAAUGGUUUGAAGAUCAUUGUAGACUUUGCAUACACAGGGGAGCUUAAAUUAAACACACAAAAUGUUGAAGAUGUUCUCUCCGCUGCAACACAUUUACAAGUUAGUGAUGCUAUGGAUUUAUGCAGCACAUAUCUCGAAGCCUCGAUCUCUGUGCGUAACUGUGUUGACAUUCUAAACAUUGCAGAACUGUAUUCCUUAGAGCCUUUAUGUCAAGCUUCCAGGCGAUUCAUGCUCCACAACUUUGAGGAACUGGCAGAAUCAGAACAGUAUUCAAUGUUGAAUAAUGUGCAGUUAUCACAACUUCUGGCAGAAAACAGUCUCCGUGUGUCCUCAGAGUUUAUGCUGUUCAAUCUUGUUCUGAAGUGGAUUCGAUAUGACCCAGCAGAGAGAGAACAAUUUGUGUCUGAACUGAUUGAAAAUAUCAAGUUCCCCUUGAUGACAGGUGAGGAACUUGUGGAGAGAGUCAGUAAGGUUCCUAUAAUGAAGCAGCAUCCUGAAUGCAGCAGUCUGCUUACUGAAGCAAAAGAUUAUCAUAUUGUUGUCAGUAAGCAACCAUUACUUCAAAACAAGAGAACAAAGGUCCGUUCAGAUGCACCAGUUCUAGUCAUGUGCCAUGCUUCCAAUUUAGAGACCUUCAAUUUUGGAAAUACCAAACGAGGUUACCUGAAAGAGGCUAUUGUUCCAUUGUACAAUCCAUCAGUAGCUGUAGUGGAUAACUUUCUGUAUACAUGUGGAGGAAAAUACGAAGGUGCAGGAAGUAGCACAGACAUUGCAACAGCUCGCUGCUUUAGAUAUGAUCCAAGGUUUGACACAUGGUUUGAGUUAGCUCCCAUGAAUGAGCCUAGGAAAGAUUUUGUGAUGCUGGCUUUGGACUCCAAGCUUUAUGCAAUUGCUGGACAGGAUGAAAACAAGGUAAUGCACACAGUGGAAUGCUAUGACAUCAUGAGCAACGAAUGGGAGAUGAAGCAGCCAUUGAGUCGUCAUGUUUAUGGCCAUGCAGGGUGUGUGUGCAGUGGUAAAAUCUAUGUGUCCGGUGGACAAGUGUUUGUUGGAACAUGGAAAAAACUCUUUGCCUACACCCCAGAAGAGGAUACAUGGGAAGAGAGAGCCCCAAUGCUGCAGAAUAGACUGAAUCAUAUAAUGAUGGAAGUGAAGGAAAAGAUUUACGUUAUUGGAGGUAACAUUGAGGAUGCUUAUGGGUUUCCUAUCCCUAUUACAGAAAUCGAAAGGUACUGUCCCAGAGCCAAUCAGUGGACGGUCUGCAAAGCUAAGUUUAACAUCCGUGAAGCAGGAUCUUGUGUUUUGAACAAUACAAUUUUGAUUGUUGGGGGGAUAGGGGGAGAGCAUUACUUGUCGGAGUAUGUUCAGAGAUAUGACCCUGAGAAAGACAAAGUUGAGAUUGUUGAACACUUUGCUACAAGAAUCAAUGGAAAAGCUUGUGCUAUUUUAACUCUUCCUCACUUUAUUUGAUUAAAUGGCAUAAAAUAAUUUUGAGACCUCAUGUCGCAGUUACAGCUGCAGUAAAUAAAUUCCGUAGAUGCCAUAGUUAAUAUUUAUUGUACAUGUAAAACAGUCAGGGAAAAGGAGGCACUAGUACUUAUUUAUAUUUUUAUAGUUUUUAAAGACAAAGAUACAUUAGCAAGGCAUCCAUGGGUACUUUCUGGAACAGAAAUGAUUUUGUUGAAUUAGCUCGUUCUUUAUAGACAGGGUUGUGGUUAACUUUUGAAACCUUAGGGGCCAUGUGGGCUCAUAACUUUUCAAAUUUUACAGGCCCACAAUGUGACCCACGGGCCCACAUUAUUUGUAAAUUAAAAAUAACAACAAAAAUCCUAAUUUUUCUAAUUGAUUUUGUUUUUUUUUUGUAGUAUUGAUAUGUUCGCAGUAUAUGAAUAUUUGUCACGUUUUCUCUUUUCUAAAAACUUUGAUCCAAUAAUAUGUUCAUUACAUUUUGUACUGUUUAACUUAUAAACUGAAGCGUCUGUGGUUUAACAAGGGGGCAUAUUAAAUAAUAAAUUACAUACAACCUGUGAUGAAGUUUGAUUGCGAUCUUUUAUUGUAUGCAUUUGACAUGGUAAUUCAAAUUCUGUCUGUGAAUAACUAGCGUGGAGUGUGUGACAACCAUAGCUGAUUGUUACAAUAUUUCUGUCAGAACAAUCUUGAACAUUUGCUCUUGUAUCAACGGAGAUUUAACCACUUUGAUAAAUUGCCAUGUUUGAUCUCAGUUACGUAUAUGUUGGAAUAAUAUGCUUGUAAGUAACACAAAAAAUCUAGUUUAAUAGAGUGUUUUCUUAAAAACUGAAAGUACAUAAAAUUUAAAACUGAAAUGUGAUUAUGUUCCAGAAAAAAAAUCGUUCACCAUGUGGGCGACCAGAUUUUUAAUAUCUAAUCGCCCACAGCAAAUUUUACUCGCAUUUGCGAGUGGUUAUCCACAACCCUGAGAGAGUAUUUGAAUGAUGUUCCUGCUUUAUAUCUGCCCUUGAUCAUGUCAGUAUAGCACUUGUUCAUCAUUAUUCACAGAUGUUGUUAUUUAAUAUGCGUAUAUACACUACAGGUUUAAUUGUAAUGAAUUAAAUUAUAAAUGAAUAUCAUCAAAAUUAUUUAUUGUUGAAUUGAGGUGUACCGGUACAUUAUUUGUUUAUUCUUUUCUCCUGAUUAUAAAAAAUUACAAGGAGUGUAUCAGUAUUCAGCAAAGUUUAAAACAUGAGAGAUAUAAUUAUUUCACAAUUUUAGACUAGUAUGCUAGUGUAUGCACAAUUUUUGUUUGAACAUAUCAGACACAUGUAGUACUAAACAUGUUUUGUGCAAAAAGACUUUGAAAAAUGAUUUCAACAGUGUUUUCAAACACUGGGAUGAUUCUAAAUAACUAUUUUUGAAUGAGUCUGUAGAAUUCUGAUGGUUUCAUAUUUAUUGACUUUGUUAGUUUUUAUUACAAAUUGUCAUGUUUAAGUCUGAGUGUUUUCUGUCUUUUGACAAGCAAAGCUGUAAUUUUACUUCUAUUGUUUUUACAGAAAUGUAAUAAAGAUCAUCUACACUUGAAAUGUUUAAAAUGUGUACAUGUUGAUUACCAGUAUUGCUGAGGACUAGUCUCUAUGAUAAGGUUUACAUGUGUACCAUUUGUACGGUAUAAGUGGUUUAUGUAUAUAUUGUGAUAAACAUAUGAAGGCAUUCUAAUUAAAAUUAUUUAGAUGAUACGAAUACCCUACGUCUUCUCAAGAAGUGGAUUUGGAAUGUCUAAUUUUAAUUAGAUUGAUAUAAAGGUUUCCAUAACAUGCAUACAGAUAAUUGAUCUAUGAUGUGAAUAAACCAUGUGUUGAAUGCAU